AUGGCAGCGAUCAUGGCGGCGCGCGGGCAGGGUCUGGAGCAAGAUUUCGAUUUCUUCGUGGUGGUCGACUUCGAGGCGACCUGCGUCAAAGACGCGCGGAUCUUCCCGCAGGAAAUCAUCGAGUUCCCCGCGGUGCUCGUCGACGGCGCCACCGGCCGCAUCGUGUCCGCGUUUCGCAGGUACGUUCGUCCUAAGCAUCACCCUGUGCUGACCCAAUUUUGCAGGGAGCUCACCGGCAUCCGGCAGGAGGACGUCGACGGCGGCGUGGAACUCGGCGAGGCGCUCUGGCUACACGACGCUUGGCUGAAGGCGGCAAUGGCGGGAGCAGGGAACAAGAGAGGUGUUCGCUUGGCCGUGGUGACCUGGGGGGACUGGGACUGCCGGACCAUGCUCGAGUUCGAGUGCCGCUUCAAGGGCAUCGAGAAGCCCUCCUACUUCGAUCGCUGGAUCAACCUGAGGGUCCCCUUCCAGGCGGCGCUCGACGGCGGAGGGCGGGUCAACCUGCAGGAGGCGGUCCGGGCGGCGGGGCUGGACUGGGAGGGCCGCCUGCACUGCGGGCUGGACGAUGCGCUCAACACGGCGCGGCUGCUUGCUGAGAUCAUGCGGCGCCGGGCCAAGAUCACCAUCACCGGCUCGCUGGCGCCGCCGCCGCCGCCGCCGAUCCAGCAGAAGCAGCAGCCUGGCGCAAGCCCUUGUGGUGGCUCAUCGGUGCUGGCGCCGCCACCGAUCCAGCAGCAGCCGCCUCGCACAGGCCCUUGCAGUGACACAUUUGCGCUGGUGCCGGCGCAGGCGCCGAUCCAGCAGAAGCAGCAGCCGCCGCCACCGCAGCCUCACAUAAUCAGCCCCUGCGGUGGCUCCUCCGCGACAUGCUUCUCAUACUGCGGGGUGGCGACCAGAGGAGCCAUGGAGCCAGGGCCGAUGCGGUCUGGAUGCCCCAACUGGACGCCGGCCAUGGGACCUUACUUCCUGUGGAGCAACUGA